GGGAGCGGGUGGAGGUUCCUCCGGUGAUCACUGUGCUCCGAGGGAGAGAGUGGAGAGCAGCUGCCCCCGUACAGACAGCCCGGCAGCGGAUACUCGGACCGCCGUGGACUCCCUCUGAGUGGCUCCUGGAGCUCUUCCCCCCCCGCCGGCCCCCCGGCCCCGGGUUCCUCUUUUUUUGAUUGAUUUUGAUAUCGGGGUGCGUUGGAGAAUGCUCCCCGGAGUGGUGCUGCUGCUGUCCGCCUGCCUCCAGGUGCGCGUGCAGGGGAAGCCGCGCUCACAGAGCCCGGGCUGUGAUGACUUUGUGGGCCCAGGCCGGGUGGUGGAUAAGUGUGGUGUGUGCGGCGGCGACAACUCGGCAUGCCGGCUGGUCUCGGGGCUGUUCCAGCACAGCCUGACCCGCGUCGGCUACCACAAGAUCCUGGAGAUCCCCCAGGGGGCGACCAAGAUCAACGUGACGGAGAUGCUGAAGAGCAAGAACUACCUGGCCCUCCGGAAUCGAGCGGGCCGAUCGAUCAUCAAUGGGAACUGGGCGAUCGACCGGCCAGGGAGGUACGAGGGCGGGGGCACCAUGUUCACAUACCGCAGACCCAAUGAGAUCACCAGCACCGCAGGGGAGUCCUUCCUGGCGGACGGCCCCACCAAUCAGAUCCUCGAUGUGUUUAUGAUCUACCAGCAGCCCAACCCAGGAGUCCAUUAUGAGUAUAUACUCCCCUCAGAGAGCCCGGCCAACCCCACUCACCCCGACCACAGCCCUGAUGGAAACACGGUCAACGGGCAGGGUGGCUAUAAUCACCACGGCAACACCCACCAGGAGGGCUACGACCCCGCUGGCGGGGGGCGCCCCCCCAGCAGUAUCCCUGACAACCAGGUCCCAGCGGUGCAGCCCCCCCGAAGCCAGAGGGAGUACAACUGGAGGCAGGCCGGGACUACCGAGUGCAGCGCCUCCUGUGGUAAAGGAUAUAUGUACGCCAUCUUCCACUGUGUCCACCGGCAGAACCACGAGGAGGUCUCGGACGCUCUGUGUGACAGCAGUACCAAACCCAGCCAGCAGGAGGAGCCCUGCAACACGCAACACUGCCCAGCAUUCUGGGACAUUGGCGAGUGGUCCGAGUGCAGUAAGACGUGCGGGCUGGGCAUGCAGCACCGCCAGGUGCUGUGCCGGCAGGUCUACGCCAACCGGACCCUCAACGUCCACACGGGGCGCUGCCGCCACCUAGAGCGGCCCGAGACCGCCAGCACCUGCCAGCUUAAGAUCUGCAGCGAGUGGCAGAUCCGCACCGAGUGGACCGUGUGCUCUGUGCCGUGCGGGCUGGGCCAGCGGUCCCGGGACGUCCAGUGCGUCAGUAACAUCGGGGACCUGGUGCCGGACGAGGAGUGCAACAUGAAUCUGCAGCCCAGUGCCGUGGAGAACUGCGACAUGGGGGCCUGCGCCAAGAGCUGGUUCUACACACACUGGGGGGCCACGUGCUCCGCCGAGUGUGGGAUGGGCGUGCGGACGCGCGGAGUCCUCUGCCUGACCAAUCAGAUCAGCAGCCUGCCACUGGAGGGGUGUGGCCACGAGCGGCCGGCCGACUCCCAGGUGUGCAACAACGGACCCUGUGAGAGCAGCAUCGAGUGGUUCACCGGCCCCUGGAGCCAGUGCUCGGUGGAGUGCGGCGUGGGCAGCCAGCAGAGGGCGGUGGUGUGCCUGGUGCGGGCGGAGGAGGGCUACGCCGCCGCGCCCCCCUACGAGUGCUCCUCCCUGGAGCGGCCCCUGGGCCAGCAGAGCUGCAACCUGGGGCCCUGCGGGGCCAAGUGGUACCACACCGACUGGAGCGCCUGCUCCAAGUCGUGUGAGGAGGGCUUCCGGCUGCGGGAGGUGCGCUGCCUGGCCGACAGCAUGCAGCCCAGCGAUGGCUGUGAGGAGCAGGACAGGCCCCCGGAGAGGGAGCCCUGCAACCCGGAGCCCUGCACCCCCGAUAUAGACGAGAAGUGCCGAGACAAGUACUUCAACUGCAACGUGGUGGUGCAGGCGCGCCUCUGCGUGUACGACUACUACCGGACCACCUGCUGCGCGUCCUGCUCGCGGGUGGCCCACCGACACUCAGCCCCGCGCGGACACAGCUAGCCCGCCGCCCCGGCCCGCAGACCCCCGGCCCCCCAGGCCUGCUCUCCCUCCCCUGGGUCGACUGCAGUCCACCGGGGAGGGGGGGGGGGGGUCCUCUGUGUCUGGCCUCUUUCCUUAAAUGGACGCCUCUCGUUUCUUGGUGCCAGAAAUAGGAUUUUAAGAAAGAAGAGCGCGCUUGGUUGGUCGUGCGGCGACAGUGACGGACAUUUAGUUCACCUUUUUUUGACUCGACGGGUCCUCGAGGGAGGGGGGGGGGCGGGGGCGGGGGGGAGAGAGGUAGGGCAGGCCUGGGCAGCCUGCAAAGACUUUCUGGAUUGUAACCCGCACACGUCCAAUAAAAAGCAGCACGUCUUUUCUUUUUUUAGUGUUUCACGGUUCGCAGCUGUCCAGAGACCAUGAAGUAGAGGCGCUGCCGUCUGUGCCCCCCCCCCCCCCAGCUGGGGGGCUCGGCAGGGCCAGACCGCCGCGGUCCUCAUGUACACGUUUUAAUAAGCUUCCUUGAGUCACGGUUCACGUAUUUAUGUCACGAUUAACCACAUAGCAUGACGUCGUCACUCCUGAUUCUUCUGGUACACACGCUGACAAACUCCCGGAUGGACAGACCAAAGAUUAUUCCGGAGAAUAACUUCUUAAUCUUCUGCCGUUCAUGAACCCGCCGUUAUAAUGGCUCCAUCAAAGGCCAAUCAGCAUCCAGCAUGCUGCAUGGACAUCAUCCUCAUCCCAACUCAGAAAAUGGAAGAAGGUUUGGAGGUGUGUGAGAAUCUCCUUGGUCUGUGUCACCAUGACAACGCAGUAAUAUGUAUAAGUAGGAAAGAAUGGUGGGCUUAACGGAAUUUCAAUUUUAAGAUUGUUUAGUGACUCGAGAGUAAAAAUCUCUCAAUUAUUUUUGUUUGGGCCCCAGAGGGAAGGUUGGUUUAUUGUGUAUCACCCCCCACUUGGCUACAGGAGUAAAGCUUCUCCUCCAAACACAGCAUCAGAAAGGAAUGCUGGUAUUCUAGGUCCAAAGGUUCAACGUUACCUCUAUUUUGAGAGAGAAAAGUCGAAAGUUAAGAAAAAAAAAAGCCAACAGUGUUUUUUCCACCAGAGAUUAUUGUUCCACCAUUUUCCACGUGUGACAAAAUAUAUAAUUAAGUGGUGCUACUAGGACGUUAGAAGGGCUCUAAUGUUCAUGUUUCUCAGCAGUAAAGCUGUCUCACAAGCUGUUUAUCCAAGUAUCAUACAUGUACCUCCGAUCCAUAAGUACUGUACUGUAAAUAUGUAUGUAUGUGUCGUUAUUUAAAAUGAUGGAAAACGAUAGGCAACAUGGCCGCCUCCCCUCUGGCCAAACAAUGUUAAUCACUCAGUAUUCCUCAAUCUAAUGUACCGUCUGUAUUCUCUGAUUCAACAUAUGCAAAAGGCUGGCUACCGCAAAUUAUGUUCAAUAUUGUUUCACUUUCUUAAAUGACCGACCUCGACCGCUGAUUUCUUCCUUAUCUUGCGUCUAUCCCGUCCCAUCGAUUGUUUUCUGUUGUAAUGAGAUUCUUGCUUUUAGUGGGGAAAUCACCCCAUCUAGAGGAAUCAGUCCGCUAUCACUUGAUAGCGGACUGCUAAUUCGAUUUUAUGCUGCAUAUACUGAUUGUAUUUCUAUAGACAUAAAGAAAUAUAGAGUUGAUUACAUUCAAUUGCAUAAUAUAGCAAUGUAAAUUGUUGAUUAUUUUAAUCAAUAUGUUUGGAGAAUUACAAAAUAUGUUUCUCAGAUGAGUUUGAUACAAGUAGGUUUUACCGACAACUUGUGAUAUAAAAAAACA